CGUGCGCCAAUAGCUGCGAGUACAAGUACAUGUAUCUACAUUCUCCAACCCUCACCCUUUACGCCCCUGCCGUUGGCCCCAGUCUGUGGCACAGCAUCUCCUCCACCUCAUAUACAUACCAAACCACCCGACCGCUUGCCCAUUCGUUGCACACUGCAUCUUUUCUCAGCCCUGUCCGUUACCUCACGAUCACAUUCAUACACCAUGUUCACGCUCAAAUUCUACGUCUCAAUACUGCCCCUGCUGUCAACACUCCAUUCUGCAACAGCAGUGCCCUCGCGAGCGUACUGUCGAUGUGUGACUUUCAACGAAAAUGAGCCAUGGGCUUCAUCUCCCGCGCUGCUGGAUGCCUCCAGGCGAGAUGACAUCUGCUCUAAACUGGGCCCCGAGUUGGAGUUAUGGCGGCACGGCGACCCAGCUGCGUAUGCAGCCUAUUUCGACGAGCUCGUGGAGGAGAAUGUCUGGUACCCGCCUCCAGAAGACGAACUGAAACCCCUACCAACCGGCGUCCUUAUGGAAAUAUCCAUGCCUCGAAACACCUAUCACUACGAAGGACCCCCUUCCAGCGCCCCGACCGUACCACCCCGGAUCGUGUGCCGAUCUGAGUCACCGCGGCAAGUGGCAGACCCUGAUUCAGACUCGAGCCUGUUCUACAUGGCCGUAAUCCUUACGAUGAUCUUCCUGGCCUGUGUCGCAGAGUUUAUCAACAUACUCCUCGCUCGACUAUCUACCGAAAAAGCAUCAGUACGACUUCCAGGCUCCGAGAAACGCCUCCGAGCGUGGUCAUCACCGGACUGCGAUGUCACUGAUGGGUUAAAUCGCGAUGACCCCCUUUCGGAUCCAAUAUUCAUCGACGAGAAGGCGCAAUGAAUCAUGAGACCUGCAUCAUGUAUUUUUUUUUCUUUCUUUCCACACUGCAGCAUUUAAGCGAUUUUGACGGUGCCUAAAAAAUUGCACCACUCUUGGGUCUUGGAGAUGUCACGAACUGCAUAUUGAACGGAGUUGAUUGGGUCAGAGCGUUGGUAGCGUGCAUGUACAGAUCUAGGCUUCAAAUGCCAAUAUUGUGGCUAAAGCACGUGUAUUAUGACGUUUUUUGCCUUGAUAAAGGCAAACUGAUGUCGUGAUGGGUGGCGUGCGGAGAUUAUCGCUUUGCUCCCGGCGUGCCCAUCCGAAGGUGUAAUUCUACCGAAAGGGAAUAAAUUAGAGAGAUCCAGCA